AAGAAAGUAUUAGUUAGUUCCCGUGUGAAAUGGCUGGCUGAAGUAAAUAUCGUCGAGGGCAAUUCAGAUGAUCACCGACCUCAUAUACUUGUUAAACCUAUAAGCGCUCUACAUGACAGGGAAUCAAUUUCGAUCACAGCUCUCUGA